CCACCGUGAAACCCACCAAAAAAACUCAAAAAACCACGGCCUCAUAACCACCAUACACACAAGCCAGGCAAUAAUGGACGACUACGGCAGUGACGACGAGUCCGUCCAGGACUACACCGAAACAAAGGUCCUCCUGGGCUACGCCGAGACUGAGCCGAGUAGCGACCUCAUCAGCCAUCUCGGUGGAGAACCUAUAUGGCCACAUCCUUCCUCGCCUGCCGACGCACGCCUCGCUAAAUGCGCAUGUUGUAACAAACUCAUGCCACUGCUGCUCCAGCUCAAUGGCGCAAUCCCGGAGAGCCCGCACGAGAGAAUGUUUUACGUCUUUGGCUGCAAGGAGAAGACGUGCCGGCGGAAGAAGGGGAGCAUGAAAGCGCUACGGGGAGUGAAGGUGUCGAAGGAUUACGAGCUGCGGAUUGCGAAGGCGAAGGAAGAGGAGGAGGCGAGGAGAGCUGAAGAGAAGAGGAAAAGAGAGGAAGAUGCGACGAAACCGAAGGCUGGGAAUUUGCUAUUUGGGUCGGGGGCUGGGCUGGGUAUGGGCGCGGAAGGAAACCCGUUCUCUGCUGGCGGAAAUCCGUUUUCCACCACAGCGACGGCGGCGGCGACAGCGAACCCUUUCUCGACGAAACCCGCAGCUCCUACUACUGCAACGCCAACGGCGGAAAAGCUUACGAAAUCGUUCGCCGACACGCUUCGCAUCUCCAGCACCACCAAACCUGAGCCCGAGCCACUCCUCUACGGCCCCUCCGAGCCUUGGCCAUCACCGCUCCCCUUCACCUACCCACUCUUCUACUUCGAUGCUGACUACGAGACCCUCGUCCCCGACGCUCCGAUCCCUCAAAAGAUCGAAGAAGUCCUCGGCGACGACAAGACCUCGGACUCCCUGCCUGUCUCUAACAACGAUGCGGACGACGGUCACUUGGACACAGUUUUCCAGAAGUUCGCGGACCGCGCGGGACAAAAUCCCGAGCAAGUACUACGGUAUGAGCGCGGUGGCUGCCCACUGCUUUACAGUCAUAACGAUGAGGUGGCAAAGACCCUACUCGACUCGAAGAAGGAGUUCACGACGGGAAGGAUACCGUCGUGCACUGAGUGCGGAAAGAGGGAGCGCGUAUUUGAGUUUCAGCUCAUGCCACAUGCCAUCAGUGUCCUUGAGGGGGACUCGAUGGGACUCGAUGGAAUGGAGUGGGGAACGGUCAUAGUCGCUACUUGUACUUGUGCUCCGAAGGUGAGGGAUGUCAACGGCGUGGGUUGGGUGGAAGAGUGGGUUGGCGUCCAGUGGGAGGGGCAGAACUAGAUGUGUCUGGGGGAACUGGAGGGUGAGCGAGGAUGGAUGAUAUAUCAUGUUAAUGGAGAGGAGUACCUGGUCCAUGUGAAGUCGCUGGUCAGCCACAUUGAUUUGGAGCCUGUAACUACAAUGUAAAAAUUGAUCUUAAAUGCA